AUGCAAUAUCCAAAACAAUCUUUCUCUCUUCUUCUUCUUGCUCUCUUAAACAUUGCCUCAGCUUCUAUUUUCACAAGUUCUGAUGAUGUAACAUCGGAAGUUACUAGUAGUACAACUACAACUGCAGUAGCCAUUCGAGCAAAAAGACAAUGCGGUGGAAUGGGUGGAUGUUGUGGAGGAAUGAGUGGUUGUGGAUGUGGAUCCAUGGGAAUGUGUGGACAGACCUGCUGUCCCUCUGCCCCACCACCAUGUUCAUGUGGAACUCCAGGAUGUAUGCAAUGUGUUCAACAGACUGUUCUUGUUCCAGUCACAACUACAACUUGCUGCAAAUGUUGUCAGCCCGUUUGUACCAACGCUUGUACUAAUGGAGGAGGAUGCUCAUGUGGAUGUACACGUGGAGGAUGCUCGAGAAAGAGACGUUCUCUCUUGGCUAUUGCAAGCGAAGAAAUGAGCAAGAGAGGAGAUGUUAUGGUCUGA